AUGCAAACACGAGUAUAUGAGGGGUUGUGUGAAAAUUCUUUUUCUGCGGCCGACCCACAAAGGCCUAGAAUCAAAGUGCUUCUUUCGGACAAACUGGCUUUUCCCCUUCUCUUUCUCUCCUCUCUUCUGCUUGUGGAUAUUAUGGCUAAUAACACAACAAGUUUAGGGAGUCCAUGGCCAGAACACUUUUGGGAGGAUCUCCUAACGUCCUUCACAGUGUCCAUCGCAAUCGGGCUGGUCAUUGGAGGGAUUAUUUGGGCCCUGUUCGUUUGUCUGUCUCGGAGAAGAGCCAGCGCCCGCAUCUCACACUGGAGCUCGGCUCGGCGAUCCAGGUCCUCCUACUCUCAGGGCCUCAGCAGGCCUGGGUUUUACCGCCACAGCGGCUACGAGCGCAGAAGCAACCUCAGCCUGGCCAGCCUCACCUUCCAGCGACAGGCCUCCCUGGAACAGGGAAAUUCCUUUCCAAGGAAAUCCAGCUUCCGGGCUUCGACUUUCCACCCAUUUCUUCAAAGUCCCCCCCUUCCCGUGGAAACGGACAGCCACGUGAUGACCCUCCCUGCUGCCUCCUCGCCCACCGUCCACGCUUCUCACAGCCCGGGCCGCCCCGACUUCCACUGGUCCAGCAGCAGCCUGCCAGUGGGCCUGUCGCCACCGCCACCGCCCACCUACGAGUCCAUCAUAAAGGCGUUCCCAGACUUCUGAAGGGGGCUUCUACUUUUAACGUGUUUCUUUCUUUCCUCGCCUUUUCUUGAAAGGAAGUCAUAGAUAGAUUAACCAGAAUUUUGAGGACAGGGCCCCAACCACCAGUGAACUCCCAAACUUAAAAAUGCUCAUGCAAGUUGGACAUUACAAUGCACAUUUCCUUGGAAGCCGUUUUUCCUUGCCUCACAAAGAAGUAAUAUUUUCCCGAAUAGUUCUAUAUUUAUGUAUUUUGUAUUCAAUGUGAGGAUUAUUAAAGGUAGUGAUUCUAACCAAAGAACCACAAAUAAAAACAAGGUAUUUGUGGUUUACAAUCCCCAUUCACUGUCCAAUGUGAUUACACAGGGGAAAAAAAUCAGUGUGCCUUAACAUUUUUUCUAGCCUAAGGAAUUUUAAUUUUAUUUUCUUUGGAAUAACAAGUGAACAGUUUUACAAUCUUGGAUUUUUAAUGAAUUAUAUGGGCACAAGAUGGCAGAACAUAGAUGAUUCUAAAGUUCCUUGAUUCCUCUCACUUAUGAAAAGUAUGGGAACCAAGCAAAGGAAGCUGAACGCUGUGGGUAUUAGAGGAUACUUCAAUCUGGACACUUAUUUUUGUGCUUUUCCUAAGAAUAGUUACCCACAUCAUUGAGGCAGAAUCCUUGGAUAACUUUCUUCACUGUUGUAGUUACGUUUUUAGAAAAACAACCACCACAAAUACAAUUGAUUUAACCUAAAAACAAACUUUAACACUGAACUUACAUUUUUCUUAAGGGAUACAUUUUAUUUCUUAGGUUUAAAUCUAGUCAUUGGAAAAGCACUUUAUGUAGGCACCUUCUCCUGUACCUUCACAGACAAAUAAGUAGGGUCAGUGGGGACAAAGUCUCUCAUUGAAACAGAUGUUAUACCCAUGAAGAAUUCUCCUUCCUGGGCUGAUUCGUCAGGCAUUAUGGGUCGUUUGGAUCUCUAUGAAUUUCAGCCUCAGACUCUGCGAAGAGUCUUUAUACAAGGAUUAAACCAUGCCAUAAGUCCUUGGUGCAACCAGUUAUUUAAGGUGUUCAUUUCCAUGGACGGCCAUUCUCUUAAAGAAAGGUACAUCCCCAAAUGUGGGUACCAAAGAGCUUCAGUGACCAGAUGCCUGUGGCUGUCCUUUUUUCAUGUAAGAGCACAAGUUCACUGGAUAAUUACCCCAAAGGCCUGUGGUUUAUUUCUGAUUCAGUGAAUAUUUAGCUUAUGUUGCUGUUUGUUCAUACGAACAUUGAGAUUUUUGGUGAAGAUAAAUGUACUCUCAUUAUAGUUUCUGCAAUGGUCCCAGCUAAGAGUGUCUAAAUGUGGCUCAAGACUGUAAUAAUUUUUAUAUAAUAAGAUAUUGUGUAUAGUAUUUUCUUUAUUAUUUGCAUUUAGCUUAUAUUUUUACUGUUCCUCAAGGAUAAUUAUUCUUAAUGAUGUCUACAGAUAGGUGCUCUUUAAUGCAAUAUACCAGAAAGAGAGAAAGAAAGAACUCAUAGGAUAACCAAUUUGUUCUAUGUUGUUUUUUAAACAAAUUUAGCAGUCGUCAUAUAGCCACAUAAGUUUUCAAGAGAUCAUUAAGUUAGUAAAAAAGCUAUCUUGCUUAUCAAAUGCCAUCCUUAUUGUUUAACAGGAGAAGGUAAACAGAUUUUAUAUUGGGAGUAAAAGCUGUUUUAUAUCUCAUAAAUUAGAAAAUGAAAGACAUCCUCUGAUGUAUUUAACCAUCUGGGAGAAUUGUCUCCUCCCUCCCCAAGUUAUGAAACAAUCAAAAUGAGAGCCUUGUAAAUAUUGUGCAAUGUAUGAAAUGUGAAAUUAAAGCUAAACCUGGAGACCA